UCAUAUGUUAUGCAGUGUUCAGUGUUUUCAUAUGACUUCAAGUAUUGAAAGUUUGUCUACAAAUUGAUAACAAAUUAAAGACUAAUUGAUUGAGUGAUUGAUUCAAUGAUUUUAAGUAAUCAAUGAAGCAAUUAGUGGACACAAUUAGAUACAAGUGAUGACCGAUUGGUGACAAUUGAUAUGAUAGUUGAUUAAAGACAUGGAAGAAGAGCCCAACCCUUGUUCAGCAUUAAUACCUCCCUAUUUGACCACUUCUUUACAGUCUGAUGACUUGGAGUCAAAUAAUAGCCAAAAUGAAAGCCCGAAUCAAGUUUCGGAAAAAGCGGAAUCGGGUCCCGAUGUGAGUCAUUUGGACAUUGUUAAGGCCACACAAUACGGCGCUUUUGAACGAUGCAAACAAUUGAUUGAAAAUGAUUUUAAUGUCAAUCAAAGAGAUGCCGAAAAUGUUACACUUCUUCAUUGGGCAGCCAUUAAUAAUAGACAAGAUUUGGUCAAAUAUUACAUCGGAAAGGGAGCUAUUGUUGAUGCAGUUGGCGGUGAUCUUCUGUCAACACCAUUACAUUGGGCUACAAGACAAGGACAUCUGUCAAUGGUUAUACUUCUUAUGCAACAUAGAGCUGAUCCAUCAAUACUUGAUGGUGAAGGUACAAAUUGUCUUCAUUUGGCCGCACAGUUUGGUCACACAUCAAUUGCGGCCUAUUUGUUGGCUAAAAAUCAAGAUAUCAAUGUAGCGGAUAGUAAUGGUAUGACACCAUUGAUGUGGUCGGCAUUUAGAGUAAAUGCGAGUGACCCGACCCGUAUGUUUAUAACAUUAGGCGCUAGUCUUUCUUUAUGUGAUAAACGAAAUCGAAAUACAGCUCUUCAUUGGGCCGUUUUCUCGAGAAACUCGACUACAGUUUCAUUGCUUUUGAAAGCCGGUGCCAACGUAUACGCCAAGAAUGGUGCCGGAGAUACACCACUAGAUAUGGCUAAGACAUUGAAUGCUCCCGUUUGGCUCACAAAUCGCUUACAGGAGGCUUAUAAUAAAGACAGAGUUAUAAAUAAAAUAAAUAUUAUGGGUCGACAAUUAAAAAUACCAUCACUUAAAGACCAAGUGAUAAGAUAUUGGCUGAUGGCUGGGUCACCAUUGAUUGCAUAUUUCAUAUUUGGACAACUUUUUGAAUUAAAUAUCGCAAUUGCUUUAAAAAUAGUUUUAUUUUCACUUUUGUGUCUCAUCUCCUAUGGUUUAAUUCGUUUUGUGUUUGAUGUUCGGAUGUAUAAUAUAAUGCCAAUAAUAUUUGAUGUCUAUUACUUAUUUGGUUUUGUCAUUACUUCAACACUACUCUUCUACAGUUUUUACAAGACAUGUACCGGUGAUCCCGGUGUUAUAGCUAAAGAUCACGAUCAACGAUAUAGAACAAUAAUAGAGUUGGCGGAAAGGGAUGGUUUUGAUCCACAAUGGUUUUGCAGUACUUGUCUUAUUAGGAAACCUUUGCGAUCAAAACAUUGUUCGGUUUGCAAUCAAUGUGUGGCCCGUUUUGACCACCACUGUCCAUGGAUUGCCAAUUGUGUCGGUGCUCUUAACCACAAAUAUUUUAUUUGGUAUCUUAUAUCACUUUAUUUAGUGAUUAUUUGGUAUCUUUAUGGCACUUAUUUAUAUUUUAUUUAUCACUUGAAUAUUGGAAAUGAAUCAAAUUUAUGGAAAAUGUUACCAAAUGCCUGGUCUUAUAAUGGUUGGAUAACAUGGUGUGCCCUAAAUGCUCUAAUUCAUAGCGUUUGGGUAUUUUGUUUGGUUAUUUGUCAACUCUAUCAAGUUUUAUGGUUAGCGAUGACAACAAACGAGCGAAUGAAUUGUAGGCGUUAUAAGCAUUUCAAACGCGACGAAAGCGGACAUUUGAAUAGCCCUUUCAACCGUGGAUUUUUCCAAAAUAUGUUGGAUUUCUGUGAGUGGAGAGUAUAUCGAUUCCGACCGGACUCUCGGGACUGGAGGUAUGUCUACGAAGUGGACGAUGAAGACGACGACUCUCAAACAUACUCUCCUUUAAUGACUCAUUUUGUAUGA